CCCUCUUAGUUUAUAACUCAAUUAUUGGAUUUUGGUUUUGUUAGAUUUUAAUAUUAAAAUCUGUGAUUUACUCCAUAAAAAAGUGGUUGUUACUACGUUAGAAGUAUAACCUUGUAUAUUUUUUUUGAAUUGACUUUACUAAAGUAUGCCUACAGUUAAUAUUAAAAAGGACCUGCUUUUUGAAGCUUUAGGAACGACUUACUGUAAUAUUCUUUUCAAUAGUUAUUUGGUAAUGUUUUUAUAUAAUUUUUUUUAACUUUUCAGCCGAUGAUGAGUUUGGAGACUUGUGCCUUUCAUAUGGAUUAGAGCUUGACGAGGUGGUAAGUGUUCUUAAAUAUUUUGUUCAACUUAUUUAAAUAUUUUUGUUCAACUUAUUUAAAUAUUUGAUGUAUAACAUCAAAAUAUUAUUUAGACUUCUGAAAAGAAAAUGGUCAUCAAAGAACAAUGUGAAUCUAAAUCUGAAGGUGUUUCUGAUGACAUAAUUUAUAGAAUCGACAUACCAGCUAAUCGUUAUGAUUUAUUAUGUCUGGAAGGUUUGGUGGAUGCAUUACUUGUGUUUCAAAAAAAGUAAAUUGUAUAUCAUAGAUAAUAGACUGUUGGUUUUUGUAAGUAUAUUGUGAGUUUAAUAAUUUUAUUUCAUUUUUUAUAGGUUGGAAGUACCUCGUUUUAAAUCAUUACAAGCUAAAAAACCUAUACAACUAAUAGUUAAGCCAAAUGUGAGUACUACUUUUAAUUUGUAUGGGAGAGUUGUAAUAUUUAAUUUAUAUAUUUUUUAUGCUUAUUCUAAGCCUUGUAGUGCCAUCUUCUUUUUCACAACACUUCUAUGGUUCCCUGUUUUUAGUUGUUUCCUUUUUCCAUCUUUUAUUGUCAGGAACUUGAACUUUUAUCUGAUUUUAUCUAUCCACUGCUGUCUUUUAUUGUCUAGUUUCAACAUUUUGAUUUUAUUCAAUAUUUGGUCCUUAGCUCUCCAAGCGUGUCCAACUCAGUUUAACCUUCUGUUUUUGAUUCCCCAGUAAGUCUAGCUCAUUAAAUAUUGCUCUCAGCUGUGCAUUAUUUGAUACAAGCAUAAUGUUUCUAUUUUAAAAUUAUUUUGUCCAUUAAAUUAUUAUAAAUUUGUUUGUUUUAUAUAGACUAAACAAAUUCGACCUUAUGUUGUCGCAGCUGUGUUGAGAGAUAUUACAUUUAAUCCAGAUAGAUACGCUAGUUUUAUUGAUUUACAAGAUAAAUUGCAUCAAAAUAUUUGUAGGAAACGAUCACUUGUAGCUAUUGGAACUCAUGAUUUAGAUACAAUUCAAGGACCAUUCAUAUAUGAUGCUUUAUCACCUGAAGAUAUUAAAUUUAAGGCUCUGAAUCAAACCGAAGUACACAAUGCUGCUGAGCUUAUGGAGAUUUAUUCGGUAAUUACAAAAUUAAAGGGUAUUAUUAUUUAUUAGCCUGAGAUUUAAUUUAAUUUUUUUUUAUAGACACAUGCUCAAUUGAAACAGUAUUUGAGUAUUAUAAAAGAAAGCAGUGUGUAUCCUGUAAUUACAGAUAAUAUUGGAACAGUCCUAUCUAUGCCACCAAUUAUCAAUGGUUAUCAUUCUAGAAUAACUUUAAACACAAAAAAUGUUUUCAUUGAGUGUACAGCAACUGAUUUAAAGAAAGUAUGGUACUUAUUUUAUACCAAAAUUUAAAUUAACAUUUUUAAGAAUUACUUUAUAAAAUAGGCAAAUGUUGUUUUGGACACAAUUCUAUGUAUGUUUAGCAAGUAUUGUUCAAAUAAAUAUACAGCAGAAAAAUGCCAAAUUGUAUAUCCAGAUGGAUUGGUAAAACACUACCCAGAAUUCAAAUAUCGCAAAGAAAUAGUGAAUCGAAAGAAAGUGAAUCAUUAUUUAGGGAUCAGGUAUCAUAAGACUAGCAUAAUAUUGUUAUAAAGAAGGGUUCACACGAGACAAAUUUUUAACUUGCAACAGGGGCAUAGUUUACUUUAUGACAUGAACAUGUUUACACAAUACAGGGCUUUUCCACGGUAAUAUUCAUUAUUCAUUAAUCUGUGUUGACAUGGCUACCAACGAAAAUUUAUUAUAUUAUUAGGGUAAUAAUCAUAGUGCUCUUUCAUAUAACAAAAAUUGGAUUUUGAAUUCCACAGUAUUCCUUGCAUAAUCUAUUUAAACUUCUCUCUAUUAUUGAUGGCGUUAUUGAAUAGUAUAUUUUAUCAGAUAGUUUAAAUGAACUAUCAAAUAUUUAUCCUGUGACCGAAUACUUAUAAUCAGAAAAACUAUUCGAAUAGUUUGAUAGAAAUUAUUUGAUAGUGUCCAUCACUACUUACUAUUACCAACUGUGACUUUGUUACCAAUUAUACUCAUCUUGUGGUGUUUAAUUAUCAUAUAUAUAUAUUGUGUACUACACACAUAAUCCAGUUCUCCUAUUUCAUCUUUUUGUACUCCCUAUAUUUUAAUUCCUCUAUUGACUGUUGAUAAAUGUUGCUAUGGAGGAUUUAUGCCAGGCAUCAUUGUUUAAAAAAAUAUCCAUACUGUGAUGGAAUUAUUCUUACUACAGACUAAUCCGUAAUUAUGACGCAUAAUAUAGAUUUUGUGACAAUAUACUUUGUGAAAAACUUGCUUUGUGUAGACCUGAAGAUAAUUAAGUGAUGGUCAUUUUAAAAAAUUCAAAUUUUAUAGUGAAAAUUUAGGCAAUUUGUCAUCUGCCUUAUCAUCCAUGUGUUUAAAAUCAUCAGUUAUAAAAGAAUCUGAUGCAGUUGCUGUUGAAAUACCGCCAACAAGACAUGACGUAAUUCAUGCUUGUGAUUUAUACGAAGAUGUUGCUAUUGCAUAUGGCUACAACAAUAUACCAAAAACAUUACCUACAACAGCCACAAUCGGUUCUCAAUUACCUAUUAAUUCCUUGACGGACAAAUUAAGAAAUGAAAUUGCAUAUUGUGGUUUCAAUGAAGUUUUGACAUUCUCUUUAGUGAGUAAAUAAGUAAUUGGAUUUUGAUGUGUAAAAAAAACAGUUUUUGGUUUGUUUUAGUGUUCAAAGGAUGAUGUGUCCACAAAACUUAACAAACCAUUCAAUAGUGAAUGUACUGUUAGAAUUAGUAACCCAAAAACAUUAGAGUUUCAAGUUGCGCGUACUAAUCUCUUGUCUGGGCUUUUAAAAACAACUUCAGCUAAUAAAAAAAUGCCAUUACCUAUGAAAUUAUUUGAAGUCACUGAUGUGGUGCUUAAAGAUUCCAACAGUGGUAAGUGAUUUGGUUAUUUAAACUAAUAGCUAGUAAAUGUACAAUUUUUUUUUUAGGAUUUAUAUAAUUUUUAUGUUAUAUCAAAAACAAUUUUGAAAGAUAUAUUAUUUGAAUUAUUUAUUAUUCAUCCAGAUGUAUCAUUAAUUGUUUUUAAUUUUAUAUUAUGCAUAUUAAAAACACAAAUUUAAUGUUAAAUAUAAAAUAAUAUGAAAAAAAAAAUUUUGAUAUCGAUAUUGUUGUGCAUCACUACUACUACUAAUAGCUUUAUUUUCUUUUUAUAGAAGUUGGUGCUCGCAAUGAAAGACGUGUGUGUGCAUUAUAUUAUGGUAAAACACCAGGUUUUGAAAUUAUCCAUGGUCUCAUGGAUAGAUUAAUGCAAGUGUUAGGUAUAGCAUAUUCUGCAGAAAGUGAUAGUACUUAUCAGAUCAAAGCAACUAAUGGUAAAAAAACAAAUAAAAAAAAUUAAAAUUACAUUAAUGCUGUAAUUUAUUUUAGAUGAAACUUACUUUCCUGGUCGAUGUGCACAAAUCAUUUAUCGUGGAAAAGUAAUUGGAUUAAUGGGUGUUUUACAUCCAGAAGUGAUUACUGCUUAUGAACUAAAUAUGCCAUGUUCUGCAUUUGAAAUUAAUAUUGAACCUUUUUUGUAAAAAUGCUUGAUCUUUUUUUUUUUAAUUCAAUGUUUGUAUGAAUUACAUCAACUUAGCCCUAAUAAAGGUCAAUAUUAUUAGCAUUAAUUUAAUAAUUAUUCACUAAAUUUAUUUUCAAUCAAUAGUUUAAUUGAUUUAAAUUAUUCUAUUUUAAUAUUUUAUAAAUUCUGUUAUUUUAGAUUCUGAGCGCAGUAAGAAAUAUAUUUACGUAUUUUUUU